UUUUGGAGGGAAAAAGCAUUCUGUGUUGUGUCAGCAGCUUCACAAUGGCCUCACUCAUGACAAGUACAAUUCCUGAAGUUUUAAAACACUCUAAGCAGAACGGACAAAUUGACGCAACUCCAUACAUUGAAGAAUAUAGUACUUUCUAUCAACACGGAUGUGAGUCUGUAGAAGACAGAGAGCGCAGACAGUCAGAUAAAGGAAAACAAAUGAUAUCUAGUUUUUAUAACCUAGUUUCGGAUUUUUAUGAAUAUGGUUGGGCACAGAGUUUUCACUUUGCUUAUUUACAAAAGGAUGAACCUUUUGCUUGUGGCCUCCAACGUUAUGAGUAUGUGCUUCCAUUAAGGAUGAAAGUUCACCCUGGUUCCCACUUGCUUGACUUGGGUUGUGGUAUUGGAGGCCCUCUGCGUAACAUUGCCAGGUUUGCUCGCUGUAAAGUAACUGGAGUAACCAUAAGUGAAUACCAAGUCACAAGGGGAAAUCAAAUUAUAGAAGAAAAUAACCUGCAAGAGCAGUGUAAUAUUGUCUACGGGGACUUUUUGAAGCUUCCUUUUGAUGACUGCAGUUUUGAUGGUGUUUAUGCUAUAGAGUCUACGUGUCAUACCAUGUUCAAAUCCACUGUCUAUUCAGAAGCAUACAGAGUAUUGAAACCAGGUUGUUUCUUUGCUGGUUAUGAAUGGUGUGUGACUCACAAGUAUGAUCCUAACAAUGAAAAACAUCGUCAGGUAAAAUUCAAUAUUGAAGAAGGCAACGGUUUACCAGAUACUGCUACCACAGAAGAGGUAUUGGAAGGUCUGAAAGAUGCUGGUUUUGAACUAGUUGAUGCAUACGAUUUGGCAGAGUUCCUUGAUAUACCUUGGUACUCUCCUCUUAGCGCAACAUUUUCCUUGCAAGGUUUUCGUCACACUAGAUUGGGACAUUACGUGACUCAUUUAUCAGUUCAGUUUUUAGAGAAACUUGGUGUUAUUCCUAAAGGUUCAGCUCAAGUGAGUAAGUUGUUGAUGAAUGCAGCACGUGACCUUGUAGAAGGAGGUAAAUUAGGUAUUUAUACUCCGAUGUAUUUCUUUGUUGCUAGGAAGCCUGCCUCUUAUUGAACGAUAUGUGCAUUCGUCGUUCUUAAAGUCUUUUUUGUUUUCGAAUGAUGUUGUUUUGUUGAUAUAAGUAAAUGGAAAGAAUUCAAG